GCUGUGCCUCCCAGCAAAAGCCCCAGUGUAAGCAGGAGCAGGCCACCGGCCUGGAAGCCAAACUGGCUGCCAUUUGCGUACUGAGAGGUGGGGGACCCUGGGCAGGAAACUGGCUGAGCCCCAAGACCGCAGGGGCCAUGGGCGGGGAGCUGGUGACUGGCCUGGGGGCCCUGAGGAGAAGAAAGCGCCUGCUGGAGCAGGAGAAGUGGCUGGCCGGCUGGGCACUGCUGCUGGCGGGGCUUGGCAUCGGACUGAUGGUGGUGCACGCGGAGAUGCUGUGGUUUGGAGGGUGCGAGUGGGUCUUCUACCUGCUCCUGGUUAAGUGCCUGAUCAGCCUUUCCACCAUGCUGCUCCUGUGUCUCAUUGUGGCCUUCCACGCCAAAGAGGUCCAGCUGUUCAUGACCGACAACGGGCUCCGGGACUGGCGCGUGGCGCUGACCCGGCGGCAGGCGGCGCAGAUCUUGCUGGAGCUGGCGGUGUGCGGGCUGCACCCCGCCCCGGUGCGGAGCCCGCGGUGCGCGCCAGGCGUGAGGACCGCGGCGCAGACCUGGCCGGGCUUCCUGGGCGAGGGGGAAGCCCUGCUGUCGCUGGCCAUGCUGCUGCGUCUCUACCUGGUGCCCCGCGCGGUGCUGCUGCGGAGCGGGGUCCUGCUCAACGCGUCCUAUCGCAGCAUCGGGGCUCUCAACCAGGUCCGCUUCCGCCACUGGUUCGUGGCCAAGCUGUACAUGAACACGCACCCGGGUCGCCUGCUGCUUGGCCUCACGCUUGGCCUCUGGCUCACCACAGCCUGGGUGCUGUCGGUGGCCGAGAGGCAGGCUGUGAACGCCACCGGGCACCUUUCAGACACGCUGUGGCUUAUCCCCAUUACGUUCCUGACCAUCGGCUAUGGGGACGUGGUGCCAGGCACCAUCUGGGGCAAGAUCGUGUGUCUCUGCACAGGAGUCAUGGGGGUCUGCUGUACAGCCCUGCUGGUGGCUGUGGUGGCCCGGAAACUGGAGUUUAACAAGGCAGAGAAGCAUGUGCACAACUUCAUGAUGGACAUCCACUACGCCAAAGAGAUGAAGGAGUCAGCUGCACGGCUGCUGCAGGAGGCCUGGAUGUACUACAAGCACACUCGAAGGAAGGACUCCCGAGCCGCCCGCAGGCAUCAGCGCAAGCUGCUGGCCGCCAUCCAUGCGUUCCGCCAGGUGCGGCUAAAACACCGAAAACUCCGGGAGCAAGUGAACUCCAUGGUGGACAUCUCCAAGAUGCACAUGACCCUGUGUGACCUGCAGCUGGGGCUGAGCAGCUCCCACCGGGCCCUGGAGAAGCGGAUGGACGCUCUGGCAGGGAAGCUGGACACCCUGACCGAGUUGCUGAGCACCGCCCUGGGGCCACAGCAGCUCCCAGAACCCAGCUCGGAGGCCACGUAGCCGGACCCAUGGAGGAAUCAGCCCACCGGCCCCAGGAUGGCAGUCAAGACCGUCCCUUGGCAACUCCUGCCCCAGCCCCGUGGAUAAAACACCUCCAGGUGUGAGGACCAAAGGGGACAUCCCCUGGGCAGCCCAGAGGGGACACUGACUAACAGGGGAUGCCUGAGACCUCCAGAGGCCCCAAACGGAAACACGGUCACCACUACACCGCAUACCCUCCUCCGAAGCCUUCCCACUGUGCUGCUAUAGAGGACCCCUGGCUUCGGGUGGAAGUGAAGGUGCCGGCCG